CGUUAUGCGCGUGCCUGAGGUAGAAGUGUGAAGUUUUAAUGCGGAGUUUUAAUCAAACUGCGGGAUUUAAUCGGUGCAAACACACCUAACGGCAUGUCGGUGAAGCUGGGAGUUCCGGUGUUGUGAAAGAGGGUGGGUAUGGGAACGCUCAGGAACGGGCUGAGCAAAAGGGAGAGCUUUAUUCUCUCAGUGGACGUGGGAACAACAUCCAUCCGCUGCCAUGUUUACGAUAAACAAGCAAACAUCCGGGGAUCUUACAGCAAAAAGGUGUCCCUGCUGUACCCCGAGAGCGGUUGGGUGGAGAUGGACCCGGAGGAUCUGUGGCAGGGGUUCGUCAGCGUGGUGAAAGGAGCGGUGCAAGAUUCGGGGUUACAGAUGUAUCAGAUGGAGGCGUUAGGGAUCUCAACCCAGCGAGCCACCUUCACCACCUGGGACAGGAAGUCUGGGAAACCGUUUCAUAACUUCAUCAGCUGGCAGGACCUGCGAUCAGCCGAGAUGGUGGGGUCGUGGAACAACUCGUGUACCAUGAAGGCUGUGCAUGGAGUAAUGAAGACGCUGCAUUUCCUCACCAGACAGAAACGUUUCCUCGCCGCCAGUUUAGUCGUUUUUACCACACAGCACGUCUCUAUGCGACUUGCCUGGGCUUUACGCAACAUCCCCCAGCUGAAGCAGGCGGUGGAUGAAGGAACCUGCUGUUUUGGGACCAUCGAUACCUGGCUGCUAUAUAAACUCACCAAAGGUUUGGUCCACGCUACAGAUUAUUCCAACGCCAGCUCCACCGCCAUAUUCGAUUCAUAUCAGAUGUGCUGGAGUGGGUUCUUGUGCUCUCUUCUCUCUCUACCUCAGUCCAUCCUCCCUCAGGUGCACGACACCAGUCACCACUUCGGCUCGUCUGAUCCCUCGAUAUUUGGGGUUUCGAUACCCAUCAUGUCAGUUAUGGCCGAUCAACAGGCGGCGAUGUUCGGCGAGUGCUGCUUCGCCGCCGGUGAUGUGAAGAUCACCAUGGGAACGGGAACCUUCAUGGACAUCAACACGGGGAACAAACCCCACACCUCAGUGGCUGGUCUGUAUCCUCUGGUGGGAUGGAAGAUGGGCUCUGAGGUGACGUACCUGGCUGAAGGAAAUGCUGCCGGCACAGGAACCGCCAUCAGAUGGGCUCAGGAGAUCGAGCUGUUUAAAGACGUGAAAGAGACGGCGGCCAUGGCGAACAGUGUCAGCGACUCUGAUGGAGUGUGUUUUGUUCCGUCUUUCAGCGGCUUGCAGGCACCAUUAAACGACCCUAAGGCGUGUGCCGCGUUCAUGGGUUUGAAACCGUCCACCACCAAGUCUCACCUGGUUCGUGCCAUUCUAGAGUCCAUCGCCUUCAGGAACAAGCAGCUCUUUGAUGUCAUGCUCGGGGAAACCCGUAUACCCAUCACGAAAAUCAGGGCGGACGGUGGCGUGUGCACCAACGAUUUCAUCAUGCAGUUAACCACCGACCUGCUGGGCCGUAAGAUCUCGCGCCCGGCUCACUUCGACAUGUCGUGUCUGGGCGCGGCGUUCGUGGCCGGUUUAGGAGCGGGUUACUGGAAGUCCAAAGAGGAGCUGAAGAAACUUCACACCACCGAUCAUCUCUUCCUCCCUCGGGGUGCCAGAGGAGGCGGGCCGACCGGCGUCUACAAACCCGUCCUGCAGUACUGGGAGGAGGCGCUGCAGCGCUCCAUGCACUGGUACAGCCAGGCGUGACGCUCCCACCGCGCCGAACCCGGGUCCUCGGGGGCCCCCCGGUGCCACGUGCCUUCAAACCGAUCGGUGCCACGCCCGCCGUGAUGCGGUGCCAACCUCCGUUGUCUAGCCAUGACGAUCAAGAGCCAUAUUUCCCAGCAUUCAUAGCAAACCUCGUCAAAGCCAAAUCAUUUCACUGAACUCGGUCGACGUGAAUAUGAUCACAUCAUCGUACCUGCCAAAAAGUUUGUGCACCCCUGAUCAAACCGCGUGUUCUGUCGAUUGGGUCAAAAUAUUGUAAACAAAGAUCAAGCACUGAAUGUUUCAGUUUAAUACACACACGACACCGCCGAGGCCCGGGUGCUACCGGCCUGGCCUGGCACUCAACACGCACAGUCGACUGUGUCUGAGACCAGUCUAACUUUAGAUGAUCAAGUGUUAAAAAUCUAGUCGACCACAUGCUUGCACACACAGAAUGCUUCUUUACCCCAGACAGCAGUGGAUUCUGUACCUCUGGAACAGUUUAUUGUGUUUCCUGAGCGCCCGACCAGGCUGACGGCACUGCCAAAACACUCCCAGGUCUCCGUGGUGGGGGUACCGGGUAGCGAAACAGACUGCUGUGCCAUCCAUCCCAGUGCCCGCCGGUACUGAGGAGUUUACCAGCCUUUAGAGCGACGUGUUCCGCUGGCAUUCUGUUCGGCAUUUUCUCUGAGAGCUUCUCGACGGGGUUUGUUGUGGAUCGAACACGCCAACGAGCACACGCGACACAAACGCCGUGAUCCACAAACGCUGAACAUGAAGAACGUGAGGAACCUGGGAGGUUCCUGUUCGUCCUACCUCUACACCCGCCUUAAUCCUACAGAAGUAAAUGCAAAUAAAGUGCAAAACACACGAUUUUAUGCUUUUAAGUACUAAUUUUUAAAUAACGUAUUAACUUAGCCGUUUUAACUGGUCUGGUAGCACUGGUGCCAGUGGUUUGUGUUUAAUCUGAUCAGUGUUUACAUGAGUAGGAUUAACAGGAUUGGUUUUUGGGUUUGGUUUAGGUAUUUUAGCCUCCCUGUAUUAACGACGAUUCUUUUAUUGUAGGAUCAGAGCUGAAACAGAAACCAGUUCAGUCAUUGUAUACCUGUGUUCGUCUGACGUCUUGUUCUAAUCCUUUUGUUUGUUUGAUAGUUUGUUAAACCGAGCAGUUUUAAAAAGCUCGGACCUCAGAUCAGCCAUCAGCCGCAUACACCGACGGGCCAAAACAUUAUGACCACUCAGCCAAAAUAUCAGCAUAGAUGUGCACAAAUUCCCAUAGACAGGCACAGCGUCUCAGAAAUAGCUGGAUAUACACCGCACACAUCGUUUCAGGCGUCCAAAUAUUUGAGGCCAUGUAUAGUGUACUGUGUGUGGGGCGUGGUGAAUCAUAGUUUUAGGAAUCAUAACAAUCCGACACCUUCCUCAAGAGUGAAAGUAAACGGAAUACGAGGGUCUUCAAAAACUUUCCUCACUUUUUAAACUCUAUUUAUUAAGAAUUGUAAACAAACUCCGUCACUUUCCUACAUCGUCGCCUUCCGAUGCAUUUUUCCAGCGUCGUUCCAAGUUUGGUUGAGCUCGUAGCCACUGAUGCGCCGGUGCUUUCACAUCAUCAUCAUCACAUGAAAAUCUUCUUCCCCUUAAAGCUUCUUUCAGCAUCCAAACAGGUGGAGAUCAGAUGGAGCUAAAUCAGGACUAUAAGUGUCUCUCAGACACGAGCAGGGGCGGCACGGUGGCUCGGUGGGUAGCACUGUCGCCUCACAGCAAGAAGGACCGGGGGCAUUUCUGUGUGGAGUUUUGCACGUUCUCCCCGUGUCUGCGUGGGUUUCCUCCCACAGUACAGAGGCGUGUAAGUGAGGUGAACUGGAGACACUAAAUAGUUCAUGACUGUGUUUGAUAUUAAACCUGAACUGAUGGAUCUUGUGUGAGCAGUAACGACCCGUCCUGUCAUGAUGGAACCAGAGUGUAAAACAUCACGUUAUAAUCAUGAUAAACAAACAAACAGACGUGAGUGAUUCCUUCUCCUGCUCCACCCUCACCACUUAUAACCACAAUAUACAUGUGAGGAAACUUUCUGAAGAUCCCUCGUAAUUAAACUGAGCAGCGUUUUUAUUUUUGUACUGGUGUGUAGUUUGUGGAACACUGGUCUGAUUUCAUGGAUGUAGCUGUGAGCUCUGAACGAUGAGUUUAGGAUAAUCAGUGCGACCGUCUUCAUGUGUAGGAGAUAACCGUCAUCAUUCUGUGCCUUUGUUGUCAUGGUGUGAAGAACAAUAACAUGAUUCCUAACAUAAAUAAUAAAUAAAAGAUCUAAUACUC